CUGAACUUUCCGUUUGCAAUUGCCGUCCGAAUCAACGAGACACAAAUGUAAGAUGGGUUUUGUUCAUCGAUGCAGAAGCUUGUAAAGGCAUUUAAUUGUUUGAUGGAACAACCCAGUAACGAUAUCUCUCAAGAACAAGCUCGUGAGUCUCUCAUUGCUAUCUCCUACACUUCACCAGAGGAGGUUGAAGACUCUCUAACGCCCUCAGAUGUGAAACCUGUCGUCAGUACCACAAAUGGAGUCACCAAAACGAACUCUGAAGUCGCGGAAAAGCUCAGAUCUGAGCUGAUCUCCAUCUCCUACGACGAGUCACCGUCCCCCUCACCUGAUGUUUCUCCGACCUUGCCCAACGGUGUCUGAUAUAAGUAACUGUACAGAUCAAAGUCUGUUCCUUUUCCAUGCGUACAACUUUGGUUUGGUCUAAAAGGUAGACCAUUGUGAUAUCUUAACGUUUUCUUUCAUGAACUGUAUGAAAGUUUUUCUUAUUUGUGUUGUUUAAAGUUAAAAGCUCUCUCUUGAGUCUUAUUUGAA